AUGGAUAUAGCUAAUUCGUUUAACCUGACAUGCACGCAUGAACGUUUCUGCCAUCCAUGGUGUUUUGAGCGCGUCUACCGGCAAUGUUAUCAUUUGACUGAAGCACUACGGAAGGUGUAUGGGGAAGAUUUACCCUCGGUUGGUCGACUAGACAAGCGUAAAGUGAUUAUCGACGCCUGGAUUAGUCGACAGGAGAACUUCAAGAAGUCGUCACAGCGCCUUUCUAGUUUGCUUCCGCCACGCCGAGAAAGUGCCACUGUUCGUCCCGGUGCGAUGUUGGACAAGCCACCGAUGGCACUACGAAGCUUAUUAAUCGAAAAACUGGGCGAAAUGGAAGAAAACAAGGAUAGUCGAGCCAGAAAAGCUAGUAUUCUAGUCUUUUUUGCUCUACGUCAUUUUGUUAUCUACCCUUUUUGUGCGUUUUUUUGCACCUAUGCAAUGCAAAAACGCCGUGAUGGCAAGUCUCAGUUCUUUUGA